AUGGCAGGAAAUGCCAAUGGAAGAACCAAUGUGGUCCAAAGCAGGAGGUCUUUCUAUGGACUGUAUCCCUACAAGUCAAGCAUGAUCGGUCUGGAGUCGCUGACGGAUCCAUCUUCUGAUUGGGACAUCAUAGAAACAAUUGGGAAAGGAACAUAUGGCAAGGUCUACAAAGUCAUCAGUAAGAAAGAUGGAAGUCAAGCAGCAGUGAAAGUUUUGGAUCCCAUUAAUGAUGUGGAUGAGGAAAUUGAAGCGGAGUACAACAUCCUGCACUCGCUGUCCAACCAUCCCAAUGUGGUGAAGUUCUUCGGCAUGUUCUACAAAUCAGAUGAACUCUCUGGAGGGCAGCUUUGGCUUGUUUUGGAGCUGUGCAAUGGAGGUUCAGUAACUGACCUGAUAAAGGGUUUGCUGAUGAGAGGGAAACGUCUUGAGGAGCCCAUCAUCUCCUACAUCCUGUAUGGAGCACUUCUGGGUCUCCAGCAUCUUCACAACAACAGAAUAAUCCACCGUGAUGUGAAGGGCAACAACAUCCUCCUCACCACAGACGGUGGAGUCAAACUGGUGGACUUUGGUGUCUCAGCUCAGCUGACGAGUGCCCGUCUCCGCCGAAACACAUCAGUGGGAACCCCGUUCUGGAUGGCUCCUGAGGUGAUAGCGUGUGAACAGCAGUAUGACUACUCGUAUGACGCACGCUGUGAUGUGUGGUCUCUGGGCAUCACUGCCAUAGAGCUGGCAGAUGGAGACCCACCCCUGGCAGAGAUGCACCCUGUCAAAGCGCUCUUCAAAAUACCACGGAACCCGUCUCCUACCCUACGUCACCCGGAGCAGUGGUGCAGGAGUUUCUGUCACUUCAUUGCUCAGUGUCUGAUAAAGGAUUUUGAGACGCGGCCAUCGGUGACGCAUCUGCUGGAGCAUCCGUUCAUCAAACAGGCUCAUGGAAAAGACACGUCGCUCAGACAGCAGCUGUCAGUCCUCAUCCGCGAGCAACAGGAUGUGGGAAACAGGAUCAAGACCAGGCAUGAGCGGAUCAAUACCCGCAAAACCCUGAUCAUUGAGAGCUGUCCUGAUGAUGAUCUGGUGAACCUGGAGGUUUUAGAUGAGGAAACAAUCAUUGCACAUCUUCAGAGGCGAUAUCAGGAUCUGCAGAUCUACACGUAUGUUGGGGACAUCCUCAUAGCACUCAACCCUUUCCAGAACCUCAGCAUCUACUCUCCACAGUUCUCAAAGCUGUAUCAUGGGAUGAAACGUUCCACUAACCCCCCGCACAUCUUUGCCACCGCUGAUGCAGCCUAUCAGAGCAUGGUCACCCUCUGCAAAGACCAGUGUAUAAUCAUUAGUGGAGAAAGUGGAGCCGGUAAAACUGAGAGUGCCCACCUCAUCGUCCAACAUCUCACAUUUCUGGGCAAGGCUAAUAAUCGAACGCUCCGUGAGAAGAUUCUUCAAGUGAAUCCCCUGGUGGAGGCAUUUGGGAAUGCGUGCACGGCCAUCAACGAUAACUCCAGCCGCUUCGGGAAGUACCUGGAGAUGAAGUUCACACCUACAGGGGCGGUGAUGGGUGCUAAGAUCUCUGAGUAUCUUCUGGAGAAAUCAAGAGUCAUCAAACAGGCCAUGGGCGAGAAAAACUUCCAUAUAUUUUACUACAUCUAUGCUGGUCUUUACCAUCAAGACAACCUCAAGAAAUACAGGCUACCCAACAAAACUGCCCCCAGAUACAUUGAUUGUGUUAAUGGUAAGGUAAUGCAGGACAUCAUCUCCAGCAAACUCUACAAGGAGCAAUUUGAUGCCAUUCAGGACUGUUUCCGUAUCAUAGGAUUUACUGAAGAGGAAGUGAAUUCUGUGUACAGAAUCCUAUCAGCCAUUUUAAACACAGGAAAUAUUGAGUUCACAUCCACCAGCUCUCAACAUCAGAGCGACAAGAGUGAGGUGCCUGACUCUAAGGCCUUAGACAAUGCGGCCGCUCUCCUCAGUAUCGGCUCUGAGGAGCUUCAGGAAGCUCUGACCUCCCACUGUGUGGUAACUCGAGGAGAAACCAUCAUUCGCACCAACACCGUGGACAAGGCCACUGAUGUGAGAGACGCCAUGUCUAAAGCCCUGUACGGACGCCUCUUCAGCUGGAUAGUGAACCGCAUCAAUGCACUGCUGCAGCCGGACACCAACAUCUGUGCGGCUGAGAGUGGAAUGAACGUGGGGAUUUUGGACAUCUUUGGUUUCGAAAACUUCAAGAAGAACUCAUUUGAGCAGCUGUGUAUCAACAUCGCUAAUGAACAGAUCCAGUUCUACUUCAAUCAACACAUCUUUGCCCUGGAACAGAUCGAGUAUCAGAGCGAGGGUGUAGAUGCCAGUCUGGUGCAGUAUGAGGACAACAGGCCCAUUCUGGACAUGUUUCUUCAGAAGCCCAUGGGUUUGCUGUCUCUGCUGGACGAGGAGAGCCGGUUCCCACAGGCCACCGACCAAACACUCGUCGAUAAGUUUCAGGAUAACCUGAGAAACAAGUACUUCUGGACGCCCAAGCGUGUGGAGCUUUGCUUCGGGAUCCAGCAUUAUGCUGGCAAGGUGUUGUAUAAUGUCAGCGGUUUUCUGGAGAAGAACCGGGACACUCUUCCUGCAGACAUUGUGGUGGUUUUGAGGACGUCAGAGAACAAACUCCUGCAGCAGCUGUUUUCCAGCCCUCUGACUAAAACAGGUAACCUGGCCACAUCCAGGGCAAGAGUGACAGCAGCAUCCAGAUCUCUGCCUCCACAGCUCAACAGUGGCAGAAAUAAGUCUCCUAAAUAUCUGCUAAAGGUGGACACCAUGGAGAUGAUGCGUCACCCAGAAGAAACCACUAACAUGAGGAGACAGACAGUGGCGUCUUAUUUCAGGUACUCUCUCAUGGACCUGCUGUCUAAAAUGGUGGUGGGAACGCCUCAUUUCGUCCGCUGUAUCAAACCCAAUGAUGACCGGCAGGCUCUGCGCUUCAAUAAGGAGCGCGUGAUGGUUCAGCUGCGUUACACCGGCAUCCUAGAGACCGUCAGCAUCCGCCGGCAGGGCUAUUCUCACCGGAUACUCAUCGAGGAGUUUGUUAACAGGUAUUAUUAUCUGGCCUUUCGUGCCCAUCAGAUGCCAGAGGGCAGCAGAGAGAACGCCAUCACAAUACUGCAGAAAGCCAAACUAGACAACUGGGUUCUGGGCAAGACCAAGGUGUUUCUGAAGUACUAUCACGUGGAGCAGCUCAAUCUGAUGUUGCGGGAGGUAAUCGCGCGGGUGGUGUUGAUGCAGGCCUACACCAAGGGCUGGCUGGGAGCUCGGCGGUACCGGAGAGAGAGAGAGAAACGCAACAACGGGGCCAUUAUUAUACAGUCAGCCUGGAGGGGUUAUGUGGCCCGUCAGAAUCUGAAGCAGAUAAAGAGAGAGCGUGCGCAGGCUGCUGUACAGAUCCAGUCAGCAUACAGAGGCUACAGAGUCAGGAAAGACUACAAACAGAGUCGACAGUGGACUGGACAACCCACACCUGAAAGAAGAUUUUCCACCAGUUACCUCCCAGAUAAAGAGGUUGUCUCUGUCAGCGCAGAGGACAGCUCCGGUGACGUUUCUGUGCUGAAGACGGACAAACGGAGUGACAGCAGAAAGAGAGACGGGCUGCAGGAGCAGGGUCCAAUGGUGAAGCUACAUCACCGUUCCCCUCGGCGAAGAGGACAGCAGCCCAAGCUCCUAAACAGCCCGGAAGACAGUCUUUAUUACAACCAUCUCAAUAGAAGUCUGGAUUAUCAGGGGAGCAAGAGGAAACCCAGAAAACUGGGGCAGAUCAAGCUUCUGGAUGGAGAGGAUGAAUAUUAUCAAUUACUGUCUGUCCCUGAGGAUGAGAUUUUAUCUGACCCCUCCCCAAACCCUAAGAACGCCACGCCCACUGGCCCUCCUGCUAUCUCCUCCAGAUGAGCUGUGCUCCGCCCACCGCCUUGACGCGUGCUGACAGUUGAUUGCCUUCUCCAGCCUUUUGCUGCGAAAUCUGCUGUAUAUAUAAAAUAAUGAGGGGUUACUAUCUAUGUAUGCAUUUAUUUCUGGAUUUAAGCAUCUAUUAUGAAAUAAAAAAUGUUCUCUUUAUCAGUUUUCUUGUAAAAUAAAAAGGAAAAAUACAUACUGUGGUUAAUUAUAUAAAGACCGUCCCUCCAUGGCAGACUACUGAACUGUUAAUAUUUAAAAUUAUAUGUUGCCAAACAACAUGAUUAGAUGAUUGACUCACUGUGCAUUAUUUGUUUCUUUUGUUGUUCCUGUUUGGUCUAAGCUGUUUAUGAGCAACAGACCACAGAACGAAGUGUGUACAUCCUCUUGAUAGAAAGUGAUCAGCUGCUCAAUAAUGUGCUCUCUUCACUUUAAUGAAGCAGAGCGUGUAAAUGAGCGGCGCUGUAAUGUGAGACUCGCUGUUCCAGUAACAGUUUGGUACAGAUCUUAAAUAUGCAUCACUGCUUCUCAUGUUGAUAUUAUAAAACUCCCUCUGGUAAUGCAUUCAUUCAACGACACAGUAAAGUUUCAGAAAACAUAACAUCUGGAAAGUAAUGCACUGCAUGGUCUUAAAAAACAUGGUUGUGAGUUGUGGUGAAGUUUCAGUCUUGUACAGUGUCUGUGUUCUCAAUCCGGUCUUGACAGCUGUUUUGUAUCCUAAUCUGUCUGAUAAU